UUAUAGCAUUUACUGACUAUGUCGUAUUUAAUAUUUUAUGUUAUACGUUAUGUCCAUGCGUUUAUGACAAAGUGUAAGAAAAAUUAUGUAAUUUUAAUACAAUAAGGGAAAUUGUUUCUAUUAGGUAAUUUGGUCUAUUAGGUAAUAUAGGUAAUUUAUCUUAUGCUAAAAGAAAAAUAUUCUAAAAUAUCCGAGUAUACUUCAGAAUGUGAACCUCGAUCGACAUAUUCUCAAAUGUAGUUGUAUGCUCGACGAAGAAUGAUCUGUAUAGUUGAACAUUUUAGAAUACAACGAAUUUUACUAUUAACUAUUGGCAUAUGGCCUUACAACCAAUCAAAAUUUGUCCGAUUUCAGUUUUCAUUGCUUUCGGUUGUUACAAACAGCUAUAUUAUAUUUCAGCUAACACAGUUUAUAACUUCCGAAUUAACUGUUGAGCGUAUUAUAAAAAUUUUAUCUUCAACUUUGUUUUGUCUUGUGUGCGCAAUUCAUCAACUUUCUUAUUGGAUUAACGCAGAUAUUGUGAAAUGUUUUCUGGAGCGUCUCCAGCAUGCCUGCAAUGAAUUAAAAGAUGAAAACGAAAUGGCUAUAAUAAAGAAAUAUGCAACUAGUGCAGAAUAUAUCUCAAUUCUAGUUUUACUGUUCGCGGUGUGCUGGGCAUUUAUUGUUAUUCUUAUGCCGCGAAUUCUUAGCACCUUUUUACUCGUAAACAUAUCUCGACCAUUUUACAAUUUCCAAUUCAUAACUGAAUAUUUUAUUGAUAAAGAAAAGAAUUUCUAUUUAAUUUUGCUUCACGCAUACGCGUCCGCUUACAUAUCAUUAACUGCGUUGAUUGGGGGAGGUUUGAUAGGAUGUGCAUACCUUAAACACGUUUGCGGACUAUUUAACAUUGCUAGUUAUAACUUUAUUUAUAGUUACCGUAUAGGACAAUCAAUGAUAGUAAAUAUUCACGAAAAAACUAAUCAGUGGAAUAAGAUGGAAAAGAAGAUACGCCUUGCAGUGGAUGUCCAUCGCACAGCCAUUGAGUUGGCUGAAUUUUUUAUCUCUAGUUUUAAUGGAACAUACUUUUGUCUAACAGUGUUAUCCAUACUUAGUCUAUGCCUCAAUCUAUGCGAAGUAUUCCAAACUGCACUGCUUCGAGAUAAAGUGGAGGAAUUUCUGGUACACCUUAUAUUUGCAACUGCUGUGCUUCUAUAUUGGUUCCUGGCCAAUGUUUCCGGUGAAGAAAUUAUAGAGCACUACAACUACAUGUUUUCUACUGCAUACAACGUUCAGUGGUAUAUGGCUCCCAUACGCGUACAGAAAUUGAUAUUGUUCCUGUUGCAAAGAAGCUGUAAGAUGUUCGGCAUCAAAACAGGUGGACUUUUUAUGGCAUCUCUAGAGUGCUUUGCUUCGAUAUCUACUGCAUCGGUAUCUUACUUUACUGUUCUAUAUUCUGUACAGAAGUGAUACCAGUAUCAAACAUCUGAUAGUACAGUGAAAGUAAAAGAGUAAACUUAAAGAUAAGCCAGCAAUUACCACGUUUUCAAAUAACUUGUAGCAUAAAAAUAUUAAUUUACUAUGAGUUUAAUAUUUACAUAUCAAUUGCUAUUAUAAUACGUUUAACAGUUAUAACAGUUUAUAUAAAAUUAUGGAAAAUAAUCGGAAUAAUAUUUGCGCAAAUUACAUGUUAUGCCACAGUGUUAUUAAAUCAAAUUGUGUGCGUGUAUGAGCGUGCACGCGCGCCAAUUUGUAUAUUACGCGUUUCUGUAGUUGUAAAAGUAUUUUUUAAAUUUUCAGUUAAAAAAUACUAAUAAUUUAAUAUCUUACAAUCUGAGAUAUUUUCGCAAAAUCUGCCAAACAUCUAUAAUAAUGGAAGUAGCAUUCCCGAGAAUGUCAUUCUAAUUAUAUCUAAAUAAUGAUCAUUUAAUCAAAUUGAUCAUUAGUUGGAUAUAAUUAGGAAAUUGUUCUAUUGUAAGAUGAUAUCACAGUGUACAACAGAUAUAUAUUUAAAAACAUGCAUGCUUUAUAAAAAACUAAAAUUUGUUAAUGCAGUUACAUAUAAUAUAACAAAAAUAAAAAUUGUAGAGAGAGUAUAUAUGCCAUUGUAAGAUCAAGAAGGCAAUUCUUGUUCUAGAAAUUAUGUGUUAGGAAUAAAAUGUAGAACAUGAACGUACUGGAAAUGUCAAUUGCGCGAAGUUAGAUCAAGUUAUCAACUUAUCAAGUUAUCUACUUUUCUGUGAGAAAUAAAUAUAUGUUGUACUUUUAUGAAAA